UCCGUCUGCCUGUCCUGUGCUCAGUCCCUCCUCCCACUUCAGGAUCCCCCUCAGUCGGUCUCUCAGUUAGAGUCUGGGAGGCCUCUCCCUUGGACCAGCCCAAAGCAUGAUAAUGUCUCCAGGGCCAGGGUCGGACCCCUUGGAGUGGGGAGUGGAUGAGCAGAAAUCCCCCUGCUCCCCAACAAUUCUCUUCCUGGCCCAUCCUGGAACUGCAAUAAGGAGAGAGAUGGGGGUUGGGGUGAGUCUGAUGAAGUUGCCGGGGCUGGGCCAGGCUGGGCUGGGCUGACCCCUCCCCAGAGAGGGGCGGGACCCCAGGAGGAGCAAGGGCUCUGGGCCGCUGGAGAGGAGCAGACACUGGAGAGGCGCUAUGGCGGGAACCAGCCUCGGAGCCCGCUUCUACCGGCAGAUCAAGAGACAUCCCGCGCUCAUCCCGAUGAUCGGCUUCAUCGGCUUGGGCAUGGGCAGCGCUGCGCUCUACUUGCUGCGACUCGCCCUGCGCAGCCCCGACGUCUGCUGGGACCGAAAGAACAACCCGGAGCCCUGGAACCGCCUGAGCCCCAACGACCAAUACAAGUUCCUUGCAGUUUCCACUGACUACAAGAAGCUGAAGAAAGACAGGCCAGACUUCUAAGCCAGGCUGCAGCGCCAGCCGACGGGAACCACCAGCAACCAGCCUCCUCACUCCUUCCACUCUCCACCCUCCACCCCGAGGCGCCCCGCUAGCCACCCCGUCCAGCUUCUGCUUACUCGGCCGGGUUCCCACGAGGAGGGGAGGCAGCCCCACCCCUCCCUCGCUCCCAGCAGCGGAAGCGCCUCUGACCCUCAGCCUCAGUCCCACGAGGGGGAGGUGCAGUCACAGGGCAGGGAGUAGCCUAACCCCAAAGGCCCAGCCAGCCCCUCUGCCCUGUUACCCUGGCUUCGGAGGGCGGGGUGCACGCUACGUGUCGAGCGUGGCCUACGUGAGAGACAAGACCAGCAGGGGCCUGAGUGCCAAAUGACGUGGCGGGCCCCACGUUAGCCCGGGCUACAGGCUCCCUGGCGCCAGCCUGGGGGCGGUGCUACUCUGGCUCGCUGGGCUCGCCCGGGCUCGGCGCUGACAGUCCAGCCAGCGUGGAGUGAGGCACCUGCGCUCAGGACAGGCGCGGCUUGCUCCUCCAGGGCCUGCACUGCUUCCCGCUUCCCGCACCAACGGGCACCCCCUCCCGCCUCACACCUGGGCCUCCCCAACCCCUCCCCGACUUCCCUCGGUCCCCAGGGAUCAAACAGAAGCAGCCGUGGGCAAAAUACAAUUUCAUUUAACAAAUUGAA